UCUUUAUAAGGCAAGAAAGGUUGGUAAUCAGAGCACGCAAAAACUGCUGACCUUUUUCACUGUUAGAAAUCACAUAAACAUGGUAGAGCAGCAGAAUUCAUCUUCCAAAGUUCAAGCUUUAUAUGAACUCUGCAAGACCUUUACACCCUCUGGGGUACCUCCUUCCUCUCGUGCCAUCCAGAAACUCUGCUAUCUUUUAGACACGGUUGGCCCUGCUGAUGUAGGGCUUAGAGAGGAAAAUCGAGAUGAUGAUAGAGGAAACUCGGUUGCUCGAUGGGAUCAAUCCAUAACAUACUUAGAUAUUUAUAAAUGUGAUAGUUUUACGAUGUGUAUAUUUUGCUUUCCAACUUCUUCCGUUAUUCCACUUCAUGACCAUCCUAGUAUGACAGUUUUCAGCAAAGUUCUAUAUGGCUCUUUGCAUGUGAAAGCUUAUGACUGGGUCGAGCCUUCCCGUUACCAAAAAAGCAAAGGGCCUGGUUAUCCAGCAGUAUUGUUGGCGAAGUUAACAGUUGAUAAAGUCUUGACAGCUCCCUGUGGGACGUCAGUAUUGUUCCCAAAAAGUGGUGGGAAUCUGCAUUGUUUCACUGCAGUCACCCCUUGUGCUGUGCUUGACAUUCUUACACCUCCUUACAGAGAAGAUGCAGGCAGAAAAUGUACUUAUUACCAUGACUAUCCUUAUUCCACAUCCUCUAUAGGAAAUGGAGAUGAGUUAAGCGAUAUAAAACUAGAUGACCAUGCAUGGCUUGCUGAGGUAGAAACACCUGAUCUCUAUAUGCGCCAAGGAGCAUACACUGGACGAACUGUCAAGGUUUAACUCUCAUCUGUUUGAUCAAUACAUUACCUGUAAUUCUCUUCCCAGUUUUGUAUACUCAGGAUCAUGUUAUUGCUAACUCUAACUGCAACUGGAAUGUUGAAUUUUGAACUCAGUGGAUGAUUUCUCUUUAAUUACAUAGCUGAGGAUAUCUUUUUGCUC